UAGGUUUGAAUGGUUUAUUUUGUAACAUGUAUUGCUUAUCUCUCGCAACUGUGUUCGACGGCUCCAACUCGCUAAGGUCAUGAAGAUUGAUUAACGUUUAGAAUUAUGGAUGAUUUAAAUGUUUGAAUCGUUUUAUUGGUUGAUUGAGGGUAUUGAUUUGAGGUUCCUUCUUUAAUUUGUGUUAUUUGGGUUGAAUUUGUCGAUAGAUUGGUUUUGAAGAUUAUGUUAGUUUUAAUGAAAUUUUGUUGGUAUAAAAGAGUAAAUCAAUUUUUUAUGUUGGGUGUGAUGUCAGAGUCAGAGGCUGAAUUGCUUUUUCUGCUUGAACGGUGUUUGAGAAUGCUUUUAGGUUCUUUUGAUUUGUAGCUUCAGUUUUGGUGCGUAUCUGAUGCAGUGAAAUUUAAAGAUUUUAUGUUUAUGUGUGUGUGUUUUACUUUAUUGGAAUAUCAUGUACUUUGAAAAACUUUUGGUGCGUAGGAUUUUUUUACUGGUACAGACUGUUUUGAUGCCUAUAUAAGCUUCUUGAAUUGUCAUUGUGUAUGUUGACAAGUACAAAUACAUUAAGAAGAAUUUCUUCCCAAGUUUUUGAUAUGUCUUCUGCUUCUUCAUUUGAUUCUGUGUUGUCUCUUUGUCCUCCAAACCAUAAUUGGAGAAUCAAAGUUAGGGUGGUUCGUAUGUGGAUUGCUGAUUCUUAUGUUGGAGACAAACAACCUGUGGCAAGGGAGCUCAUAUUGGUGGAUGAAUGUGGUGGAAAGAUUCAAGCUACCAUAAGGAAGUUGUUGUUUAGGAAGUGGGCUGAGUUAGUAGUUGAAGGAAAUGUGUAUGUGAUCACUUUCUUUCAUAUGAUUCCAAAUGUUGGUUCUUAUCGCCCCACUGAACAUGGUUUUAGGAUUUUAUUUAAUUGCAAGACCAAUAUGACUCCUUGUGAAAGUAGUAUCAUACCAAGGUGGGGUUUCUCAUUUAAGGAUAGUGAGAAAUUGAAUGGGAAUGGUGUGCAGCCAGAGUAUUUAGUAGAUGUUCUCGGAUUGGUCACUUCAGUCUCUGAUCUGAGGACCUAUGUAAAAGAAGGAAUUUCCACUAGGAUGAUGUUGCUAGAGAUCAGUGAUGAGAAGGGAAAAGUUGAUUGUGCUGUCUUUGGGGAAUAUGCUGAUUCUGUUUCUGAAUACUUUUCUGCCAAUAGAAAUGAAAAACCUAUUGUUGUUUUUCAGCUUGCUAAGUUGAAAACCUUUCGAGGCAAAAGUGUUGUGCAAAAUGUCAUGAAAGCUUCUAGGAUUAUCUUUAAUCCUGCUAUUGCUGAAGCCAUCUCAUUCAUGGAUAGGAUUGCUAUAAUUGAUUUCAAAAUCAAUGAACCUGUUGGGCUCAUCUACACUCCUAAGCCUGCUGUCCCUGUGUUUGAAGAUUUUGUCAGCAACAAUCCGAAGAAGACAAUUGCUGAGUUGAAUGAAAGUAUUGAGGAUGGAAUUUCCAUUGUGCUAGGAAAGGUUGUUAGUUUAUUGCAAGAUGACCAAUGGUGGUACUUUGCUUGCAAGUGCCACAAAGGGGUUGCUUAUGAUGAUGGCUUAUACUAUUGUGGUGCAUGUAUGAAACAUGUUAUUGAUGUUAUCCCAAGGUAUAAGAUCAAGAUUGAAGUUAGUGAUGGUACUGGUUCUGCAAGCUUUGUUUUGUUUGACUUUGAUGCUCAGCAUCUCUUAAUGAAGUCAUGCAAGGAGCUGUUGGCAUAUGUGAAGGAUCCAAAGUCUGCGGAGUUUCCUUCAAUGAUAGAAGAUAUAUUGGUUGGUAGAGAAAUGCUGUUUAAAGUUGAGAAGAAGUCAAACACUGUUUUUCAAUAUGAUGAUUCUUAUCGCAUUAAGAGGGUUUGUGAUGAAGCUGCUGUGAUGGAGGCCUACAAAUCAGAUGCUAAUGCUGUGGUGCCUAAUGUGGUUGAAUGUUUUAAUGCUGCCCCUGUGGUGAAUCUAUCUGAGGAAAAGGAUUUGUCCCAGUGUCCUGUUCAGUCAUCUGAAAUUUCGACACCGGAGGUUUUGACUCCUUCACUUGCUGCAGGUCCAUCUUAUGUUGGAUGCUCUGGGAAUUUGUUCAAGAGGAAGGUUGGGGAUGAUGUGGCCAAAGUUUGUGAACUUUCCAAACUUAAGUUGAAGCAAGUUAAAAUGGAGAAAGAGUAGUGAAUUGUGAUCAAGAUACACCACUGGCAUAUUGUGUUAGACUUUAAGUAAUCAUGUAUUUAUGGAGUCUUUUAAGAAUUGAAUAAGUGGUGGUAUUUGAGUUGUUGGUCUGUUGUUGUAAAUGUUGAAACACCUUAGGUGUUUUGAUGUAGUUUGUUGUCGUUGGAUUGAUGUGUUUUCUACAGUUUGAACUAUGUGAUUAUUAUUAUGUUGAUUGUAAACAAUGUUAUGUUAUCUUCAAUAUUAAGUGGUGUAUUAUUUGUGGAGAAA